AUGUCUAUCCCCAAGACCGCCGUCAAAUCCCCCAAUGCCCCUACCCCUCCUCCAUUCCUUUCCCAGGCCAUCGUGAUGGGCGAUUAUGUCUUCUGCUCCGGUCAAAUUGGCAGUAACCCCGAGACCGGCGCCCUCGUACAAGGUUCCAUUCAAGACCGAACCAGACAAAUCAUGUCCAAUCUCCGCGCUGUCCUGGAAUCUGCAGGAACCAGUUUGGAUAACGUGGUCAAGUGCAAUAUUUUCUUGACUAGCAUGAGUGAUUUUGGUGCUGUGAAUGAGGUGUAUACUACCUUCUUCAAUGCCCCGAUGCCGGCACGUACGUGCGUCUGCGUGGCGGCGUUGCCCAUGGGUACUGAUGUUGAGAUUGAGUGUAUUGCUGGUGUGCGAAGCCCUAGUAGCCAGAAGUUGUGA